AUGGCAAAUAUGACAGCUUUCCCAGCACAUUCCGUAGUUCCCACUCUCCUCCCCUCAGCCUUUUCCUUGGUCUCGCGCGCGCCUUCCGCCAUGUCACCUCCCGCUGUUUGCGCCUUGUGCCCGGCACCCGCGACCGUGCACUGCCCCGCGGACAGCGCUAAUCUCUGCGCGUCGUGCGAUCUCGCAGUGCACAGCGCCAACACCAUCGUGCACAGACACGUGCGCACCGUCCUCUGCCGCUGCUGCGCCGCCCCCACGACCGUGCAGAUCUGCGGCCUGCCCGCCUCCACUGCCGCCACUCCCCCUUGCAUCUGCGCGUCCUGCAUGAUGCCUCUGCUCUGGCCGUCCACGGGAUUCCCUGCAACGAACGCUGGUAACCUGGUUACCAGCGCGCAGACGUCUGGGCCGUGCCCACAGAGCUUAGCGGCUGCUACGGGUAGCCUUCUGCCGGAAGGGCUUACGUCUGGUUCGGAGCGGCUUCUGCAGGGGUUCUUAAACGCUAGCUCGAGUUUCUCCCUCGGGAACUCCGCUGCUGCCGCGCCGCCUCUCAUGACGCAUCUUCCGCGCCCGGCGGGGUUCGUGACGGGUGUCCGGGAGGGGUUGAUUCGACAGGAGGAAGCUGAGUCGUAUCGAGCCUGCGAGCAGCAGCAGCAGCAGCAGCAACGUGAACACAGCCCACUCACUUUGUCUCUUUUUCCACUUUCCGCCGACGAAGGUUCGUCCGCCGGGAAGAUGGCGCGCAGAAUUCACACUGAUGUAACCGACGAUAGCCGCGUGUCGUGCUGCGCUGUCCCGCCGCUGAUUCCGGUCGACGAGCCCCAGAGCAAGCGGCAGCGGGUGCAGGCAGGGAGUGGUGUCGACGCGCUGCUAGCAGCGUCUGCGUUUCUCCCCUUUGUAAGGCCUCUUUGCACCGGGUUUAAGCAGUCCGAUGGUGCAGCGACGGUGGUUGGGAUGGGCUUGGGAAAGAGGCCGUACGAAGCGUGCGAGAAACAGCAAUUUCCAUCAACUGCGGAGGCAACAGGGGCAGCAGCACCAGGAGCGGAGCCUGCGCGGGGAAAGCUGGGCAAGACUGCGUCCGCGCGGCUCCGCCACGUGUUGCUGACGUGGCAGUCACGACUGGGCCUCCAGGUACCCACGGUUCGCGCGUUGGCAUUCCACAUGCUUCAGCGCGUGCUGCUGCGGCUACAGCCGACGGAUAUGGCGGCGGAGUCGCUGCGCGUGCUGCUGGCUGCGUGUCUGUGGGUCGCGGCUAAGAACGAGGAGAACCAGAAGAGUGUACCGAAAGCGAAGGCGGUUGCUGCUGUAGCGAAGGUGCCUGUAUCGCGUCUGGCUGCGUACCUCCCAUCGCUCGCAUGCCUUAACCUCUCGCGCAACCCGCAAGUCAAUGACACCACUGCCACUGCUGUCAUCCCGUGGAUCCGCUCUCUCCGGCAUUUAGACCUGAGCCACACUGCAGUCACCAGCGCGUCCCUUGAUUCGCUCACCUACGGUGCACGGCUGAAGGGAUGGCGGGACAACGCUCAGGAAGCUUCCAAGAAGGCGGAAGCGCGGAAAGCAGCCAAGCGCCCGUGGUGGGAGGCGGCCACAGAUGCAACGCCAGUCACUGACCCCAGCCCACACGCCUCACACACAAAGCGAUUUCGCCUGAACCAGGAGCAGCGGCAGCAGCAGCAGCAGCAGCAGUUACCAGAGCAACAGCCGCAGGCAGUAUCCGAGGAGCGGCAGCAGGAGGUUGAGGGUCAAGAGCAGCCAGAGUGGCGUGAGUGCUGUCUGGUCUACCUGCGGCUGCAAGGGACGCUUGUGGAUAGGGCUGGAGCCACACACCUGCUAGGCCUGAGUGCUACAGUGCCUCUGGGCGGCAUGUUCUGUCUGGACGUGAGAGAUACACCGGUGAAAGGCGAUGUGCUGAGCAAGCUCAGAUCUACUUUCCAUCUGCUCUCUCCACCCAACGAGCCUCGGCUUCUCUGCCGAACCAACGCCCUUGCUCUCAACAUCCUCCGAACCUACCCAGGCACGGCGUCCGAACCUAGCCACCGAGCCAGCAGCUCCGGCAAUCGUGCCCUGGCAAGUGGUGGUUGGGAUAGGAACGAAGGAACGGGAGAACGUCUUGCAAGUAAGUUGAUUACUACUGGGAGCAGGGACAUUAUAGUUCUUGCUACUUUCGCCUCCAAAAGGGGUAUUCACAGCAUAGGGGUGAAAAUGUACCUGCUUAGAAAAUUGGAGGUGUUCUGUGCUGUAAGCAAAACGGUGCUAUUCCAAUCACAUGCACAGCUCUAA